UUUAGUUGGGGUUAGGUUAGAUUGCAUGUGUAAUUGUUAGAAAUUUGUUAUGUAGAAUUUUUGACGGACGCAUAAAGUUUGUUUUUCUACGCAAUUGUGUUGCAAACAAAAAAAUGGAUAAUCAAAAUUUUAAAAGAAAACGGAAUAAUGAAAUUCCCGAGGAGAGAUUAUUAAAAAAAUUUCAAUAUGUUGAAGAAAAAUUGUUGCAGUUAUGGGAGACGGAUUCUAACAUUGAGUCUACAGGAUCUGUAAAUGCUGCUUCAGAUAUUAUUUCAUUUGUGGACAAUGAUUUAGAACAGGAAUUUGAUGACGAAAGCGAAAAUUAUAAUAACAACGAAGAUGAAGAUAAUUAUCACCAAGAUAGUAUUAUUGAAGAAAUUCCACCUGAAAUUGAACCCAUUGAAGAAAUUGAUCUUUCAGAUGAUGAACUUGCAAAAAUUUGGGAAAAUGGAGAAAAUUCACCAAAACCACCAGACGAUGAGGAUGUUGUUUUUCUAAAAGAAGGAACAAUAAAAGAAAAUGGCAUUCCCGUACAAUCAUGUUCUCUACAUCCCGAUAUAAGAGAAACAUGGACUGUUUGGACAAGAGCUGGAAUUCCAUUCAAGGAUCGUGAGGAGUUACAAAAAAAAUAUCCACCGCCAAAAUUUUUAUCAACACCGCAAAUAAAUCCCGAAAUACUUGAGACACUACACAAGAGACCAAUUGAAAAAGAUGAAUUUAUUCGCUCGUCACAAGAAUUAGUUGGUUCAGCAUUAACAGCAUUGGGUUCUGUUAUGACAUCUCUAUUGUCCGAUGUUGAAAUGGAUAAAUUAAAAGUAUUAAAUGGCUUAAAUGAUGCAGCGAAAAUAUUAACAAGUUCAUUUCAUCUCGAUACUGAUAAAAGAAGAUCGAAUAUUAUUUCAUGGAAGCCAAAGCCAAUACAAAAAAUUUUAGUCUCAACGAAACCUGAUGAAUUUUUAUUUGGUAAGAAUCUCAGUGGUAAAAUAAAAGAGGCAGAGAGAACGGGAAAAAUUGAAAAAUUAAAACCCUAUGUAUUUAAAAGAAAUAAUGAUCGACCUUAUAGAUAUUUUCCAAGUCCAUAUCAUUGGUUCGGUAGUCAGGACGAUGAAAAAAAUGAUAUUGAUUACGUUAUGAAUCCAUUAAAAAAAGAAUCAAUUUGCAAAGUUGAGAAAAUUGAUAAACAAUCAAUGAAAUCGGAAGUUUGACUGAUAAAAAUUAAGAUGUAGAAAUAGUUUUAAAAAAAAAAUUUAUUACAUAAAUCUAUUUUUCUUUAUAUAUUAUAUAAGAUUCGUUUUUUGUUCUGUUUUAUUUUUACUUAACACUAAAAAAAAAAAGUGUAUUUGUUUUGUAUGUACAUAUGUAUAAAAAAAAAGGGGAAAGAAAAUCAAGAAAAAAAAAAAGUUGACUGAAAAAAGAACUGCCAUUUCUGUCAACUUAUUAAAAACACUAGUUUUAAUACAUAAAAAUUGAUUUUCUUAAUUACAUUUUACUUUUUUUUUUUUUUUUUUUUGAUACACUGACUUUCUUAAUAACUAAAGAUAUGCAUUAAAAUGCAAAUUAUGUAAAACUAUUUUUUCAAUUAUAAAAAAAAAAAGAACAAAAAAAGCAAAAAAAUUAUGGAUACAAAAUAAAUAUUUUUUCAAUACAUUUAUUCAAAAAAUUUAUUAUAAAAAUUACCAAAAUAAAUAUUUACUUCGAAAUUUGCAUUUGUUCCUUGGAUAAUGUAAAAAAAAAAAAGAAUUAUUCUAAGAUUAAUCUCUAAUACAAUAUAAGAAAAUAUUGUUUGUAAUUUCUUUUGUUUCUUUUUUCUCAUAAUUUUCAGGAGAAUUUGGUUUUUCUCCCACGCAAUCCAGGUGGUCGAUAAAUAUUAUGAUUUCUCAUUAAAUGUCGUCGAAGACUAACAUUUUGUGUGAAGGCUCUGUGACAAAUAUCGCAAUUAAAUUUUCUCUGACCACCACAAACAUUAUUUAAAUGAGUUAAUAAACUGUGCUUAAAUUUGUAUGCUCUGCCACAUCGUGGACAAUUUAAAUGAACACCUUCUUCGUUCAUGUGAUUUGAAUAUAGUGAUUUGUGUUGUUGUUGUUGUU